AUGGACUUAGCUCAGACACUCAAAAAUGACACCAGCACACAACCUAUCCGCUGCAUCGACAUGCACACUACCGGCGAACCAACCCGGAUCGUCUACUCGGGCUUCCCAUCACUAUCGGGAACCCUGCUAGAACAGCGCGACCAAGCAAUUCGCAAAUACGACCAUGUUCGUCGACGAUUAAUGCUCGAACCGCGCGGCCACGACGGCAUGUACGGCGCGAUCAUCCGGCCGGAGACUGAACUUGUUCGGUCUGGGGAAGCUCAUGUCGGUGUCUUGUUCAUUCACAAUGAGGGCUUCUCGACGAUGUGCGGGCAUGCUACUAUUGCGCUAGGGAGGUUUUUGGUCGAUACGCAUGAUCUUGCUGUUUUCCUCAACGGGAAGCGCUGGAAGGUGAUGGUGCCUGUUACGCCCGACGCAAGGAAGUCUGAUGCAUCGCGACCAGUGACGUUCUUGUCCACGCCGGCUUUUGCUAGUGCCAUUCAGUUGAAGGUACCCAUUCCGUCUGAAGUUCGGUGGCCGGAGCUCGGUGAAAAGAACUCUAUUUGCUUGGAUGUGAGCUAUGGCGGAGCAUUCUAUGCUAUUGUCAAUGCGGAUGAUCUGGGACUCACCAACGGUCUGAAGGAUGUGGAUCUGGAUGUUGCGACUCGAUGCGUGCAGAAGCUAAAGCCUUAUCUUGAGUCAAGGCCUGAAAUCAAGUCCGCUAUUCAGCACCCCGAAGAUGAGCGUCUUUCCUUCCUGUACUCGGUGAUGAUUGUCGAUCCCAACAGGGGUUACAAGCCUGACAACGUGGCCGGCGCAGAGACUGGUCUCUGUUACUUUGCUGAGAACCAGAUUGACCGAUCUCCCACAGGAUCUUGUGUGACGGCGCGAAUGGCACUUGCUUAUGCGAAGGGGCUUAGACCCGUUGGUCAGCGUUGGGCGUAUAACUCUAUUGUCUCAAACCAUUUCGGAGCGGGUACUUUUAGUGCUGAAAUCGUCGGAAAGACUACGAUAGAUGGACCAGACGGGAGUUCUAUUGAAUCUGUGGUUGUGCAAGUAGAAGGCCAAGCGUUCUACACGGGGACAUCUACAUUCCUCGUCGAGGAUGGCGAUGCGAUGUCGUCUAGUGGAUUCACGAUGAACAUUGUAACAUAG